AUGGAUGAAGGGUUGCUGUCCAGUGGUCCCUCCUGUGAUGUCAGAAAGAGGGACCUGGAGAGAGUCGUCCGCAGUGGGAAGCGGAAGAUCCCGAAACCAAUGAUGGAGAAACGCCGGCGAGACCGCAUCAACCACAGCCUGGAGACAUUACGACUGCUGUUGUUGGAGAACACUUGCAACGAGAAACUAAAGAAUCCUAAAGUGGAAAAGGCAGAAAUUCUCGAGAGCGUGGUUGAAUUUCUCAAGACUGAAAAGGAAAAAGAAAAUGAAAAGGAGCAUCAGUCGAAGAAAGGAGUCCAGUCCAGGGAUUGCCAAGGGGGGGAGCAGCAGCAGCAGCAGACCUACCGUGAGGGCAUGAGAACAUGUCUAAUGAGAGUAAAUCACUUCAUAGCCACCAAGACCCAGGAGCUGGAGGAGACCAGGGGGGUCGGUAGUAGUUCACAUCAGACCUCUCUGGGGUUCCCCGGUGCGCAAACCCAUAACAACAUGGCUCCUGACCAAGUCCACAAAGCGCUGGGGACCACCACCUCCACCUGUGACCAAACUGCUCCGUCUCCACGCAUGUCCCAGCAUCAACAUUUACCAAGGCAGGUGUCCCAGUCCCACCCAUCCCCUGGUCUGAUGGGGAGCCCUAGCCGGAGGACUGGCCUUGACUGUGACCAUAACACCCGAAAGCUGCUUUCCCCCAAGUCAAAUGCAGAGGUCACUGAUCCUGUGUGGAGGCCAUGGCCGCAGUGA